CCUAACCCUAACCCUAGGUGUUGGGCUCUCGAUCGAUAUCUUUCAUCGUCGCUCGCGCUGUAGUACUUCACUUUCAGCCUCCGCCGCCGCGUCAGUUAGUGAGGGCGAGAUGGCGGCCAGCCGCCGCCGCCACGCCCGCUCGCCGGCGGUAGCGCCGCUGGAAGACGACGACCUGCUCUCCGAGAUCCUCGUCCGCCUUCCCCCGCAGCCCUCCUCCCUCCCGCGCGCCUCCCUCGUCUGCAAGCGCUGGCGCCGCCUCGUCUCCGACCCCGCCUUCUGCCGCCGCUUCCGCCUCCGCCACGGCCGCAACCCUCCUCUCCUCGGUUUCUUCGACAUAUUUUGUGACAUCUCCUUCAUACCUACUCUGGAGGCCCCCGACCGUGUCCCUCCCGGCCGCUUCUCCUUGCAGCUCGACGACGGGGACGGCGACUUCAUGUCCCUUGGAUGCCGCCAUGGUCUCGUGCUCAUCUACCUUAGGAAGCGCCUCCAGAUCCUGGUGUGGGACCCCGUCACCGCCGACCAGCACCGCCUCGCCAUUCCCCCUGUGGUUGCGGCAUGUAGGGGGGAGACUCUGAUCAACGGGGCGGUGCUUCGCGAUGCUGGAGACGUCCAACACUUCCAGGUGGUCUUGGUAGUGGCAUAUGAUGACGACCAACAACACAGACAAGCGCUCGCCUGUGUUUACUUGUCGAAGACAGGCUUAUGGGGAGAUCCCAUCAAAACACUCCUUCCACACCAGGCAGUCCAAGCCGAUGUAAUCAGUUUUCCCACCGUGGUUUCUACAGAUGUUGCUGUGCUGGCUGGAGAUUCCCUUUACUGGCUGCUUGUUGGGAAUUUCACUGGCAUUCUCGAGUUUGAUUUGGAGAAGCAGAGGCUAGCUGUGAUACGACUGCCAAAGGAGGUCAGCUGCUGGAAGCUUAUGCGGGCAGAGGGCGGUGGGCUUGGUCUCCUCAGGAUGCCAGAUUCAAACUGCAACACCCAGUUAUGGAAGAGGAAGACCAAUUGUGAUGGUGUUGCUUCAUGGGUGCUUGGAAGGACUAUGAAUCUGGAGAAUAUACUUCCCCUGAAACCAGAGGAGAAAGGGGCCAUUGCGAUACUAGCGCUUGCUGAAGGCAAUAAUGUGUUGUUGCUGUGGACUAUUAUCGGCCUCUUCGUGGUCAAUCUUGAGUCAUUAAAGUUCAAGAAGCUUUUCAAAACUAUGAUAGUUUCUCAGUAUUAUCCAUUUGAAAGUGUCUACACUGCAGAAACAGACAUUGGUGGUGGACAUGAUGGAGUUGAUCUUUUGCACAAGACAUAAGAUGAUUGUCCAGUUAUAUAUGCUAUGUGAUGUACCGGUUGAGCAGGAAUCUACAGUUACAUUUUGUUGGCUGAGAUGCAGAAGUUGCUUGUCAAGUGUAGUUUCUUCCAUCUGUAUGCUUGACGCCGAGAUUGAGCCUCUAUGUAGCAUGCACUCUUACAGCUCUGGAGUGAACCUGUAGGAAUUAAUCGCCUGUGAUUUGCUAAUUUCCGUAGACAUUCGUCGACUGGUACUUGCUUCGUGGUUUGCUUAAUUUGCCUUGUGAGGCAAGCAUGUUGUCGUGAGCUUAACUAUCAACUGAUCUUGCUUGCAUUUUAUUAUCUUCUGUGUUGUAUCAGCAGGGAGAGAUUUCGACGUCCGA